CCUGUGCGAGGCGAGUGGGCAGGGUGGGAGCGAGGUUGUGAGAUUCUGAUGAUGUAACAGCUAUGUCAUAACUAGCUCUCACGCCCACCCGCCCUCUCUCUCUCUCAUUGGUGCUUCCUGGACAUGUGACAUAACAAACUUCCCUUUACUACUAGGCACCGGCUUGGGUUGUGCAGUUUUUGUCUUUGAGUUGUGUGUGUGCCAGGCAGCGCUGGUGGAGGACUGUGUGAGCAACAGGGCCAGAGAGUGAAAGCCUCAGAAAGGCUUGGAGUGACACUGACUGUGAUGAACCUAGAGCGAAGGAAGGCAAAGGAAGGGACAGAAACCGAACUAGAGAGAGAGAAAGCAGGAGCGAAAAAAGAGAGCGAAAGUGAGCGUGAAAGAGAGAGAUCGAGAGAGAGGUUACUCAAGUUAAUCCAGCCAAUGCGCAGCGCAGAGCGCACAUGCUCAGUGAGUGAUAAUAAGAGAACGAUACUGCGCAGGAGCCAACAAGGAUCUCAUCUGCAUGGAGGAGAGAAGAGACGUCAGCCAUGUUUUUUUCCCUCUUCUUCCAUGAAUCUGAUUCCAAACUUCCAGCAGCGCUGCUGAAGGAGAGAGUGAGGACAGAGAGAAGAGAAGGAGCAGAGAAGGGCGGUCAGAACGGUAGCAUGAACAAGUGGAGCGAGCCAGCGAUGAUGGUGCUAAAGCUGAGCAAUGGUGAGGGGAUAACGUUGGAAGAACGUUGGAGGGACAGAGUGAGACUGAAAGACCAACCGACCAAUUGGGAGGAGAGGGAAAGCAGCCACGCCAUGGAGAAGGAGAGACACCGGAAUCAUUUCUGUCCUCUUUGGUGCAAAUGAUGUUGCUGUUUGUCGAUGUCUCUAGUAGCACCAUAUCGCUAUGGACGGUCUCUGUCAAGCGACAAGCCGCUCGAUCGCUGCUCCUUCUCUAUCUCUGUUCCUUCUUCCUUCUCUUAUCCAUGGUUUCUUCUUGCUAGAGCCGAAGUCACAUGAAUAAGACAACUUACUAGGUUGUUAACUGUGUGUGAGUGUUGCAUUUCUGUAGCUCAACAUCUCUCCUUACUCUCUCCUCUAUGUUCCUCUCUUCUCUACUGUGUCUCUGGCUUCCUUUAUCCCUGUGGUCAGUAUGUUACCAAACUGUCGUCGACCGCUGCUUGUCCAGUUCCCCAGCCUCUAGUCCUCUAGUCUUUAUCCCUCAAUCAUAUUAAAUCCUUCUCUGUUCUCUUCCUCUUUCACGUGUAUGAAUCAGGAAAUUAUAGGCAUUAGAAACGUUUGAAUGUAAAACGUAUUGGCACCUUUUAAAGUCAUCUCAAGCCAUCGCUAUCCUCUGGUUUUUAGGAGACUCGCUAUGCUUUGUCUCGCCUUCACAAGUCCCAGACUGCUGCUCUUCCCCCCGGUUUUACCUCACAAUGAGCGACACAUCAGCGGGCGGCGAAGGUAACAGACCUGUAGAGAAAUAAAUAAAUAGUUAUUAUUAACAUAGUUGUGGUAAAAGACAGAGAAACAAACAGAGAGAUCGUCAUCGGCUUUGUGGUCGGCCAAUGGACUAUGACAGAAACAGACCUAAAGAUGGAAGUACAGCUUUUCUCGCAGGAGAAAGAGGAGUCUGAAUCGAUCAGAUUCAAACCACCUACAGAGAUUUUUAUGUUGUUUUUCUUUAGUUUUUCCAUUUUCCUGUUGAUGUCCAGUGAGCGCUGCUGAGAUUGGCGUUCGCCUGCGUCUAGCGGCUUCCAUCACUCCUCCACGCUCAAAAAACGCUCCGCUCUCAGAUAUCCAAAUUAUUAGACGUUACCAGAUAGACUAAAACAUAUAACAUUAUGUUUUACGAAACACACUGUUAUGUAUUCAAAGUGUUAGUUUUCAAUAAGGAUUUGUGUGGGAGAGAGAGCGAAAGAGAGCGAGCUUUGCCUGGUAACAGCUCUGCUGCAAUGUGCUGCUGUUUCUAGGGCUGCCACUAGCGUCCAUCCCCCAGCUCUCUUGCUCUCUCUCUCUCUCUCUCUCUCUCUCGCCGCUCGCUGCACACUCCUCCAUUCCCUCUUACGUGCCCACUGUGCCUCAGAAAAUGGCCUCUCGCUCUGCACACACAGAAGAGAGAGGGGGAGGAGAAGGAGAAAGAGACUGACUGAGCGAGAGGGAGAGGAGCGGAGGGAGAGAGAGUGAGAGAGAGAGAGGGGAAGGUGGGGGCUGCAAGGAGAACCAGACUUUGAGCGUAAGAUAAAGAAAAGGGAUAUUGAAAAGGGAAGGGAGGAGCAGAGAGAGAUAAUGAGAGAGGAAAAGGGAGAGAACCGAAAGCGACGGCCGUAAGAAGAGACAGAGCGCGAGCGUGCGUUGGUUGGGGGAGGUGUGUGUGUGCGCGCGUGUCGGCGCUUGUGUGACUGUGUGCCGCACUGACUAGUAAAAAAAGCCUCCACCAGAUUGCUAGUGGCUCCUGUCCUAGCACCACUAUUCCAUGCUCCUCUUUAGCUCUUCUCCCCUCUUCUGUGUUUCUCCACUACGACUGUCAGGACGUCUAGACCCAUACUGUUUCGGACGCUCGUUCAGUGGAUGGCCCCAGAAGAGGAGGCCAGAUGGAAACUGGGUCACAUGACCGCCUCGGGCAAGGCGGUUCACUGAGCCUGGAACCGACCAAUGGGGUGAGCCAGCAUCCCAGGGACACCCAUGAGGAGGGUGGAGCUGGCCUGGAGCCCCAGAGGGAGCCCCAGCGGUCAAGGAGUGUUUCCCCAGGACAGGGCUGGGUACAUGGGCACAGCAAAGCCACCCAACCCCAUCAGCAGCAGCCCUGCAAUGGCUGGAGCAGUAGUGGUAGGACUCCUGGGAAGCCUGUCCAUGAGGCAGACAUGGAGGAUGCACGCAACCUGGUAGCCUUCUCAGCCAGCGUGAGUGUGGGCUCCCUGCCCCCCUCAGGUCAUCCCGAGCCCCAGUCCCACACCACUCAGCUGUAUGAGAAGUUCAACCAGGAGAUGGGCACUGGUGAGGGGGCUGCGGCUCAAGCCAGGAUCCAAGCCCCAGAAGGAGGAAACCAGGAUAGCCCCCCAGAGGACCUGAACACCCUGCAGAAUGCCCUGAGCCAGGCACGGCAUGGCCAGAAACCCCCCAACUGUGACUGUGAUGGGCCAGACUGCCCAGACUACCUGGAGUGGCUGGAGAAGAGGAUCAAACAGACAGGGGCAGGGGAGGAGCGGGACAACAAUAUGCCCUGCUCCAAGAUGACCGCUGACAAGUCGCCUCAUAAACAGCCCCCACACUCACAGCAGUCCCCCCACCCCCAUCCUCACCCCCAACCCCAUGUCAAUGGAGGUAACCCUCUCUACUGUCCACCCCUACACCCACACCAACAAGGCCAAAACCCAGCCCCUAUCCCCUGCUGCCCUCAGGUCCUCUCCAUCGCCAAGGAGAAGAACGUCAGUCUGCAGACGGCUAUUGCAAUCGAGGCCCUGACCCAGCUGUCUGCAACUGUCCCCCAGACCGUGGUCCCUCCUGCCCAGACCUCCUCCCCCAGCCACCCUCAACACCCCCCCCAACAACCCUCUCCACACCUCCAGCACGGCACCCGCCUGGUCCCCUCCUCCCCCGACCCCCUCUCCUCUUUGUCCUCCUCGCAUUCACAAUCCGUCCCUCCUGGAAUAUACCCCCAGCCCCAGCAGAGCCCCGUGUCGUGGGAGCAGCAGCACAGACCCCAGUCACAGGGCCAUCCGGCCCAUGCCUCCCCUCUCCCGUCCUCCACUUCGCCCUUCCCCAGGCAGCCCCAGGCAGGCAGCCCCCGGCCUCACCCCCAGCAGUGGCAGCAGCAGCAGGGCCCUGGGGGAUCCCAAGAGCAGAGGAACCAGUGGAUGAACUCAGAUUCCCAGCAGCCUCGUUUUGCCCCUCCGUCCAGUGACCACAGCGCUGGCGACCCCAUGUCCAAGCUCAAACAGCUACUGGGGGACUCCAGUGGAAAAUACAUAAACGGCCCCUUCAAGUUGCCCGUCCCACACCACCACAUCAAGCAGGAACCAGGGAUGCCUUGGGUCAAGCAGGAGGUAGACUCCAGGGAGUACCAGAGCUCUGCCUGCGCCUCCAUGGAGGGCUGCUAUGGCCUGAUGAAUGGCCAGCAGCAGCCUAGGUACCCUGGUCCACCUCUCUCCCUGGGCAGUGCAGCCAUCCACCAAUCCACCCAGACAGCUCUGCAGCAGCACCUUCACCACAAGAGGAACCUCUUCUCCAACCCUCCUGGCAUCCCAGGCCUCUGCCCUCUGCGGCCUGCCAAGGCCUGCCAGAACCUCCGCAAGUGGUGGCCCCAAAAGAUGGGCCCCGAGAGCCACCCCAUCCCCUUGGCCAUCAAGCAGGAGCCCAAGGAGACCAAGAGGAGGAAGAGCACAGCGGGGAUAUCUCCGGUCCUCAAGCAGCACCCAGUGGGUGGGAUGCUGCUCCAGCCAGGCCCCAAACCCAAGACGAUAGUGAUCAAGAAGACCAAGCAGAAGGCCUCCCUGCCAACCUUCCUGCCUCACAGACAGAUCUCCAUACAGAAACUGUCUCCCCUCACCAUGACCGGAGCCCUGCCUCUGGCCAGCGCCCACCCAGGUUCUCUCCAUCUCCCUACCUUCCCCCUCCUCAGUAACCCCACUCAGGCAGCCGCAGGCCUCCCUUCCCCGGCCCAAUCUCAGGUAUCCAUUUUAAACUCUUCUAUUGCACCCUCUGUCGCUGCUUCUGCCUUGUCUGUAAACACUCCAGACGUCUCAACCCCUCAGCCUCUCACUGUAGCCCUGGACGUCCCGGCAAGCUCAGGGGAGGCCAGCGCCACACAGACCUCCGCCCCUCAGACCUCCACCACCUCACAGUCCAUACCAGGCCUCAGUUCCCUGGACCCCAAGUUCGAGGAGCUGAUCUGCCAGUUCGAGGCAGAGUUCGGGGACAGCUCAUCCUCGGCCCCAGAGCCCUACCCUCCUCAGAUCCAGAGCCAGCCCCAGGACCAGGACCCCUCAGCCUCAGCCCAGCACGUGGUGACAGCGUCUCAGCCCAACGUUAACUCAGGACAAGCCAGGCCCCCAUCACCAUCCAGCGCUACCAUCACCCAGUCCUCCAGCCCUCCUCCUUUAGCUCCUACCACAGCCCCAUCAACAGACCAGGACAUGGAGGUGGACAAGGAGAAGGAGUUAGGGGGUGUGAGUGAAGCAACCUCCACCUCCACUAUACAGCCCUCCACUGAGAGCCCCAUGGAGGAUAAGCGUGAGGGGACCAAGCUGCCUCUCUCCCCGUCCCCACUGCCCAAACGCAUGAAGAUCGAGACCAAUGGGAACGUAGCUGUCCUCUCCACCACUGGAUUAUUCUCUGAUGGGGGCGAGGACGACACCCCCACUAAGGACGGCUUCCCCCUUAACCCCUCCCUAAAAGGCUUCCUGGAGUCGCCACUAAGCUACCUGGACAUGCCCACUAAGAGCCUGCUAGACACGCCCGCCAAGGACCUCCAGGCUGAGUUCCCCACCUGCGACUGUGUCGAGCAAGUCCUGGAAAAGGAUGAGGGUCCGUACUACAAUCACCUGGGCUCUGGGCCCACUGUGGCCUCCAUACGAGAGCUGAUGGAGACUAGGUAUGGAGAGAAGGGAGAUGCUAUCCGUAUUGAGAAGGUGGUCUACACCGGCCGGGAAGGCAAGAGCUCUCAGGGAUGUCCCAUCGCCAAGUGGGUGAUUCGUCGGGGCAGUGAGACAGAGAAGUUGCUGUGUCUGGUGCGUCCCCGGCCGGGUCACCACUGUCCCAACGCUAUCAUCAUCAUCCUCAUCAUGGCGUGGGAGGGCGUACCACGGGCGCUAGGUGACAAACUCUACCGAGAGCUCUCCGCCACCAUCACCGAGUUCGGCAACCCCACCAGCCGCCGCUGUGGACUCAACGACAAUCGUACAUGUGCGUGCCAAGGCAAGGACCCUGACAGUUGUGGAGCUUCCUUCUCCUUCGGCUGCUCCUGGAGCAUGUACUUUAACGGCUGCAAGUACGCCCGCAGCAAAACACCCCGCAAGUUCAGACUGGCAGGAGACCACCCCCAAGAGGAGGAUCAACUCAGGGAUAACUUCCAGGAUCUGGCCACUGAGUUGGCUCCCCUGUACAAGCAGCUGGCCCCACAGGCCUACAGUAACCAGUGUCAGAAUGAGACGACGGCUCCAGACUGCAGGUUGGGUCUGAAGGAGGGCCGGCCCUUCUCUGGUGUCACCGCCUGCAUGGAUUUCUGUGCCCACGCUCACAAGGACCAGCACAACCUCUACAACGGCUGCACUGUGGUGUGCACUCUGACUAAAGAAGACAACCGUACGGUGGGGGAGAUCCCAGAGGAUGAGCAGCUCCACGUACUUCCCCUCUACAAGGCCGCCCUCACAGACGAGUUUGGCAGCGAGGAGGGCCAGCGCCAAAAGAUGCGCACUGGCGCCAUUCAGGUGCUUAACAACUUCCGCCGUGAGGUCCGCAAGCUGCCCGAGCCCGCCAAGUCCUGCCGCCAGCGCCGCCUGGACGCUAAGAACCGCGCCUCGGAGAAGAAGAAGGCCAAGCAGCAGCUGCCAACGCCCACGGAGACGCCGGAGAAGAUGGUGAUCAAGACGGAGGUCCGGCACGCUGGCUCCCCUGUCAGACAGCAUGGCAAUAAAGCGAUCCCUAAGCAGGAGGUGAAGCCCACCAUAAAGAAGGAGCCAGUGGACCAGUGCCACCACCCCUACCACGUCUACCCCUCCCACCCUAGUUACUACGCACAGGGAGGCUCCCCUUCCAAUGGCCAGCCCCCUGCACUUCCACCUCCACCAGGCCCUGCCAACGGCUACCACCCCAAUGUACCCUCAGCACUGCCCUACGGCUAUUACAACUUACCCCCCAACCCUAACACACUUUUCCCCCAUGAGCUCACUUACAAGGGCCGCAACGGCUCCUGGCAUCACGCGGGGCACAAUGCUUUCCCCGGCCCUGUGGACAAGAAGCCAGACGUUCAGAGCCUCCAGGCCAGGCUGGCACACUCCUACUCAGGCCCAGGCCACCCCGAGCAGCAGCAUGGAGACCCAGCUAACCAAUGCAAUGCUUACCCACACCCACACGAGCCUGACUACAACCAAUCACGUCCCUCCUCAGUCUCCUCAGAGCCCUCCCACAGAGGGACCCCUGUCAUCAAGCAGGAGCCCAUGGAUGUGCCAGUGUAUGAGGGGGGCAAUACCCAGAGCUGUCCCGGCACUCCCAGCACCACACCACAGCCUGGAGGGCCCUGGCCCAACGGCAGUAUGGUGUCAGGCAGCUGGGAAGGCAACCUCCAACCACCAGGCCCCCCGGAGGCUCCCUUCACUUCAGACAAGCAGCAGUUCCACCAGCAGGGACCUCACCAGACUUCCCAGUCCCCAUACCCCCAACAGCAGCAUCAGCAUCCCCCACAACAGCCCUCCCCGUACCCCCAGCAGUGGAACUCUUACCUUGGCCCCAACACCCCCAUGGCCUCCCCUGUUCCCUCCCUGUCCCCCUCUCCUUCCCCACACCCCGGCACCCCCCGCCACUGGGACAGCCCUGCUCCCAGCCCUCAGCCUAAAGCUUGGCCCAUGGGCAUGGUUCCUGCUGGGUACUGCUCUAGCCCCGCCAGAGGCUUCCCCGACAAGAUGUGCUCCAAGGCGGGCGAGAGUCGGGGCUCGACCCCCCUAGCUCUCCAGGAGAAGGCCUGGAAGUCUUUCGGAGGCUCCAUGGCAGGUACACAGUCUCCAGCCCCAGAGGCCUGUUGGGACCCUAACCGGGCCGAGACCCCGAGCGACGUCGAGAGCCAGAGAGGUCGCGACCUGGACGAGGAAGAGCGGUGGUCGGACAGCGAGCAUAACUUCCUGGACCCCAGCAUUGGAGGGGUGGCGGUGGCACCCGCCCACGGUUCAAUCCUGAUCGAGUGUGCCCGGCGUGAGCUGCACGCCACCACGCCGCUCAAGAGGCCUGACCGCUCUCACCCCACCCGCAUCUCUCUGGUGUUCUACCAGCACAAGAACAUGAACCAGCCCUGUCACGGCCAGUGGCUCUGGGAGGCCAAGAUGAAGAUGCUGGCGGAGCGGGCUAGAGAGAGGCAGCAGGAGGCAGCUCUACUGGGGCUGCCCUAUGAGGACAUCAAACCUGGGAAGAAACGCAAGUUGGGGGCCACGGCGGCAGGGGCCAGCCCGGGGCCUGGCCAGACCACGGAGGGGCCAGUGAUGGGGCUGGUGACGCGGCUGGCCCCCACUCACCACACCACCUCCACGGUCACUGUGUCCCCCUAUGCCUUUACCACCCUCACUGGGCCCUACAGCCACUUUGUGUGAGGAUGGACAGACAGACGGACACACAGACUGGUGGAGGGAGAGCCGGCUGAGCAGGCCAGGGAUGAGUGUCUCAGCCCCUCCUUUAGUCCUGUGUCUCUCUCCAUCCUUCUCCUCCUCCUGCUCUGUUUCCUCACUCUGGUGCUCUGGGCUGGAAGGAGGGCGACUACUGGUUUGAUUCCUCUUUUUGUUUUGUUUGUUUUUUACCUCAUGUCAGGCAGCAGUUUGGGCCCGACCCUGGACCAGACAGACACACUGCCUGUGGUGCUCUUUCUCUCUCCUCUGCGGGAGGGACUCCAUUGCUUCUCCUUCUUCAUAGAAUUUUAAUGAUCCUCCUAAUUAUUACUAUUAUUAUCAAUAUUAUUAUGAUUGUUAUUGUUACUGUCAAUGUUGUUAUUACAGGUAUUGUUAUUAUUAUUAUUAUUAUUAUGAAGAUGCUGAUUUGAUUUGUUUGUUUAUUGAUAUGGUUGUUUUUUCAUUAAUGUUGUUAUUAAUGUUAUUAAUUUUGUUUUUCUUGUGUGUUUUUUACUGAGGGGUCUGUCUUGCUUUUUUCCCAUAUUUCUGUAAAUCUGCCCUUUUCUUUCUUGUUUAUCUUUGGCUUUUGACAUUUUUGUAACUGUACUUGGAGAAAGGCCUUUCUCAGCACUGCAAGGCUCCUUAAGACAGUCUUUCCAACAAGCAUGACAAACAACAUUUAAACAUUUAAAUCAUUCAUCAUGACCAAAAGAGUGAAGAGAAACGUCACCACAUACAGAAACUUAUCUGAACCAUCCCACAUAGUGGAAGGUUUUUAGUAACGUCCCCAAAGUCAUGCCUUUUUUAAACCAACUCCUGUCCUGUCUGCCUUGCUGUGAAGAGAAGGGUUCUUCUCUCUCCAUUUUUACUCUCACCCCACCGAUCCGCCUCACUCUACUGCUGUGGUGCUUCAUUGAUCUUUAUCCCCUUUACAGGGAUGAUAUUUACAUUUACAUUUUAGUCAUUUAGCAGACGCUCUUAUCCAGAGUGACUUACAGUUAGUGAGUGCAUACAUUUUUUUUUUCAUUCAUCUCUUCACGGCACUAGAUGCUGAAUAUAAGGGUGCUGUUAUAGCAUAGAUGUAGAGUGAGUAGAACAACAGGCACUAGAAGUCCUCAUCUUCCUUCAGGUGUUGUUUGAGAGAUCUAGCCCUUCAGUUCUAUGGCUCCCGUGGGGAUUAGUGAGCGCUUUCUAUUUGAAGCACUAGAGGGCAGCAGUGACCCCCUGUAAAAUGGUGCACUGAUACACACAGACACAGACUCACUCAGACACACACCCACACACACGCACACACACACACACACACACACAUUCACACACACACACACACACACACACACACACACACAAAGCUCUUGUCAUCCAGCCAUCACAGAGCGAUGCCUUACUGCUUUAAACCACCGAAGCAUGGCCGCCGAAGUCUGGUCCUUCCAAUGACCACAGGCAGCACGGGCCACGCAAGCCCUUUACCCUGAAACCAGAGACAUUGAUGGGAAUAGUGUGUGGACAUAAAUGCACUCCUAAACACAUUGGUGCUUUCCCUACACAUGUUGACACACAACGGGCUCAGUCAGUGAGUCCUGCUUCUGCCUGGUGCUGUUAGUCAUUUUGAAGCAGAGCAAGGUUUGUCUCUAUGCACACACUGUCACGACAGAGCCAGUAAAUCCUUAUUCACCAAUCAUGGCUGCCUCUGCAUUGCUUGCGUGUCAGAGCCAGAGCCUGCUUGGGGCUCACUUUUGAGAUGAGAAAUCUUGGUGCUUAUGAAGUGGUUGAGAAUAGAGCUCUCUAUACCUCAACGUUGCAGAGACACUGGUCAUGGUUGCAAAAUGCUACACACACAGGCACCACUGAGGACAGUGGAACAUGAUAAGCAUUAGUCCACAGAUUCCCUGUGUGCUCUCUUAUCUACAAACUCAUUUUAAUCCACUUGUUUUAUUAUUUAUUACAUGAUAAUGAUGAUGAUGAUUGUUGUUGUUAUAGUUUUUUUGUUUUGUUAUAGCUAAUACAAAUUGUACAUACAGAAGAAAAGAUUUUAUAAAAGCACUUUUAAUCUUGAUUUCAAUGAGAGAAAAAAGAAAGAACUGAUUAUUGACAACUUGAAGCUUCGUUUUUUAAAGUUUUGUUGACAUUUUCUCGGGAGAGAUAAAAAAAUGUACAUAUUUAAAAUAUUUAGGUAAGAUUAUUUAACUGUUGAGGGAUAAUGACUAAAUCAUGAAUGAUUCCAGGCUUUUAGUCCAGUCAGUUUGCCAGACAGCCCUUAGCAGCAGAAAACAACUCAGUGAUUUCCAAUGUGUUGUUGUGUCUGUAGAUGUAUACUCAAUACUGCUGUCCUGAUUUCAUAAGUACUGUACUACACAAUACCUCUGACAGCAUCCAACCAGCCCCCCUUCCUUCAUGAGAAGAUAUUGACCUAAUCAGUAAUCAGGCCAUUUAUAAGCCAGAGUAUGAUAUCUACCUAUCCACUCUGAUAACCAAUGAGAAACAACGUUUUUCUUGUUUUUUAACACGAGAAUCAAACAGGUGCAGAAUCAAAGUUGUCAGAGUGCUUGUAUGAGAGAACUCUUGUGACAGAGGUGAGGUGUAGCCCCAGCAAUCUAUCUUGUCCAUUGUGUUAGACUAUGAGGUGAGAGGUUGUCACCACCGUAACUCAUUUUUUAUGUGGUAUUAUCAAUGAUAGUGAUUUUAACAGUAGUAAAGGAUGUAACAGUAAUGAAAAACCAUGACAACUUAACACUUAUAGUACCAGACUGAAGGUACAGUGUAUUAAUGGAAGACACCAGAUAAUACCUGGUAGUUUAGUUUGUAAUAUCUUUUGUUGGUUGUUGUAGAUUGUCACAGACAACCAAUAGGACUUUGACUAAUUUAGGGACUGUUCCUUUGUCUCACCACUACUUAUGAUCCUGUUUCAAUUGUAUUCUAUUCCCACCGUUAGAACAAUCUCCCCCUUUAAUAACGACAAUGCAUGAUAGACACACAGUUAUAAUGAUUCAUGCAUAUUUAUGAUCUAUGUAAUAAUGGGUGCUGAUCAUAUAUAUAUAUAUAUAUAUAUAUAUAUAUAUACAGCACAUUAAUUGUUUAUUUUUUAAAUUUAUUUGUGAGGCUAGUGCUAUGGUGCUACCCCUUAACUUCACUGAGGAAUAAAAGGGGGGGAGAUGUGAUUAUAUCACUGAUAUUUUUCUGAGCUCUUAGAAUGAUAAGAUAAACUAUUUAUUUGAAUAUGGCAAUUUCAAUGGAUGGGGAACUACUCCGGUGCUGAUCUCAUGGGAAUUUCCCAUUCAUGUUCAAGGUAAUAAACAAAAAAAUAAUACAACUGUUGAAUUGAACCACUCACACAGUUCAUACACACUUUUAUGAAUCCUUCGUCCACAUAAGGUACUUGAAAAGGAACUCUAUUCUUGUUUGAACUGGUAUGGGGAUUGAAGAAUCAUGUUAUAUUGAAGUGAAUAGACUGUUAUCUUAAUUGAAAACUUGGUGCAGUGUAUGUGCCGGAAGCUAUUAUACAUGGCUCUUUUGGGUAUGUUGUACAUUUUUAUGGUGAUGGGAGAAUGUUAAGAUAUUGGAACAAUAAGAGCAUACUCCCUCCCUAUGUUUCUCCCAGGUUGGCAUUUAUUGGGAUGACUCAUGUACUGGAGGCAGCUCUUCAGAGUGGUCAUUAGCUGGCAGAGCCACAAAGCCAUAAAAUCUGAUUUUAAACCUAACCUUAACCCUAACCUUAACCACACUGCUAACCCUAAUGCAUAACCCUUACCUUAAUUGAAGACCAAAAAGCAAAUUUUUGUUUUCAAACAUUUCUACGAUAUGGCCAAUUAUGACUUUGCAGCUGGCCCAUCUUGCGGAAACCGCUUAGUUCUGCCUCCAGGGCAAGACCUAUGACAAUAAACGUCAACCUGCAUGUUUCUCCCUCAUAGACUUCUUUACUUACGUUCUUAUACACUCACUAACUCCUUGCUUAUACACACCUCACAUAUUUUCAAUUUUUCUCUCAUACUUUGUCUUUCUCUCUUCCUCCCCUCUUCUCUCUCCUCCCUCCUUCUCUCCUCCCUCCCUCCCUCUCUCUCUCUCUCUCACUCACACACAGACAAAUAUUAUCACGAUGUAUACUCUGCUCUCAGUACUGAUCUUCAUUGAUCACCCCAUCUGCCCGCUCUUCAAAGCUGGACUCAGGCUUAAAUCCUGCCCCAAAUAAACAAACAUCACAUCUGGCAGCUACAUUCCUUUUUGAGUUGAAAGAUUGUUCUUGGUUCUAUUUUUUCAAGUAUGCAGUAUGUAAAAAAAAAAAAGAAGUGUAUUUUUGUUUGUUUUUCAGUCUCUCUUUGUAGCUGUAUGGUGUACUAUGUGAAUACAUAAUGUAUGUGGUACAACCCACAAUAUUGUUUAAUGUUGCGCGAUAAUAAAUAAAAAGCUAAAAAUGAAAAUAA